GCCAGGGGGGGCAGGGGAGAAGGAGAAGCCAGGAUUGGGAGCAGCAGCAAGGCAGACCGAGCACUGGGAAGGGAGUCUGUCUGGUGAGGGGGUGGGAGGAAUGGCGGGAAGUGGGUGGAGCUGCCUGGCUCCGCUGUGACCUCAGAGCCCCUGGCCCAGCUUAGCCUGACAUCAGCCCCUGCUCCCACACCCGCCUGCGCUUGGUCUUCAAAUGCCCCCCCUCUGGCUCUCUGGCCACAGAGAGACUGGGAGAGCACGCCGGAGAGGAGAGGAGAGGAGAGAGCAGCUGGACCUGCGGCGAUGACACAGGACGCGCCCAAGCCCAUCCCUGCAGUGCGCCGUUGCUCCGGCCUGGCCCGGCGGGUGCUGACCGUGGCCUUCGCUCUCCUCAUCCUGGGGCUCAUGACCUGGGCCUACGCGGCCGGCGUGCCGCUAGCCUCCGAUCGCCACGGGCUCCUGGCCUUCGGCCUCUACGGGGCCUUCCUGUCGGCACACCUGGUGGCGCAGAGCCUCUUCGCGUACCUGGAGCAUCGGCGUGUGGCGGCGGCGGCGCGGCGCGCGGCGGCGCGGGGUCCCCCGGACGCAGCCACGGCCCGCAGCGUGGCGCUGACCAUCUCGGCGUACCAGGAGGACCCCGCGUACCUGCGCCAGUGCCUGGUGUCGGCCCGCGCGCUGCUGUACCCACGCGCGCGGCUGCGCGUGCUCAUGGUGGUGGACGGCAACCGUGCCGAGGACCUCUACAUGGUCGACAUGUUCCGGGAAGUCUUCGCCGAUGAGGACCCCGCCACCUACGUGUGGGACGGCAACUACCACCAGCCCUGGGAGCCUGCAGCCGCGGGCGCGCUGGGCGCCGGCGCCUACCGGGAGGUGGAGGCGGAGGACCCCGGGCGGCUGGCGGUGGAGGCGCUGGUGAGGACGCGCAGGUGCGUGUGCGUGGCGCAGCGCUGGGGCGGCAAACGCGAGGUCAUGUACACGGCCUUCAAGGCCCUGGGCGACUCGGUGGACUACGUGCAGGUGUGUGACUCGGACACUCGGCUGGACCCCAUGGCUCUGCUGGAGCUGGUGCGUGUGCUGGACGAGGACCCCCGGGUAGGGGCUGUCGGGGGAGAUGUGCGUAUCCUUAACCCCCUGGACUCCUGGGUCAGCUUCCUGAGCAGCCUGCGGUACUGGGUGGCCUUCAACGUGGAGCGGGCUUGUCAGAGCUAUUUCCACUGUGUAUCCUGCAUCAGCGGGCCCCUGGGCCUGUACCGGAACAACCUCCUGCAGCAGUUCCUCGAGGCUUGGUACAACCAGAAGUUCCUGGGCACCCACUGCACUUUUGGGGACGACCGGCACCUCACCAAUCGCAUGCUCAGCAUGGGCUAUGCUACCAAGUACACGUCGCGGUCCCGCUGCUACUCGGAGACGCCCUCUUCUUUCCUGCGCUGGCUGAGCCAGCAGACGCGCUGGUCCAAGUCCUACUUCCGCGAGUGGCUGUACAACGCGCUCUGGUGGCACCGGCACCACGCCUGGAUGACCUACGAGGCGGUGGUCUCGGGCCUCUUCCCCUUCUUCGUGGCGGCCACCGUGCUGCGGCUCUUCUACGCCGGCCGCCCCUGGGCGCUGCUCUGGGUGCUGCUGUGCGUGCAGGGCGUGGCGCUGGCCAAGGCGGCCUUCGCGGCCUGGCUGCGCGGCUGCGUGCGCAUGGUGCUGCUCUCGCUCUACGCGCCCCUCUACAUGGGCGGCCUCCUGCCCGCCAAGUUCCUGGCGCUGCUCACCAUGAACCAGAGCGGCUGGGGCACGUCGGGCCGCCGCCAGCUGGCCGCCAACUACCUGCCGCUGCUGCCGCUGGCGCUCUGGGCGCUGCUGCUACUCGGCGGCCUGGCGCGCAGCGUGGCGCACGAGGCCGCGGCCGACUGGAGCGCGCCCUCGCGGGCGGCCGAGGCGCGCCACCUCGCGGCCGGCGCCGGCGCCUACGUGGCCUACUGGGUGGUGAUGCUGACCCUCUACUGGGUGGGCGUGCGCAGGCUGUGCCGGCGGCGGUCGGGGGGCUACCGCGUGCAGGUGUGAGGCCCGCCGAGCAGCCGGGCGGGGAUUCUCUGGACCUCAUUCCCACCCCCCAACCCUCUGUGAAGUCAGGGGGGUGGGCGGCGACACCAGACUCCGCAGGCUGGACUGAGCUGGGGCUGGGACUUCUGGGUAUUUAUUGAUCAGGUGUGUAGGGGCAGGGGGAGGGGGAAGGGCCUCGCUCUCUCCCCGGUCUUAUUUGAUCUCUUCUUUGUACUGUGUGUUUAGGACAUUAAUAAAGAAUUUUAUUUAUUUUCUGCCAAGCCCUCCUUGUCCCCGACUUUUUUUUUUUUUUUUUUUUUUUUUUUAGAACUGAGGUGGUAUCAUUGAGAACUGGAGACUUGGGGCUCAGUCUCGGGUGCUGGCUGCUGGGACCUGGACAGGGGACAGGGGUUACCUUUUUGGAAAACAGAGACACUGAUGCCAUGGGUGCAGGCCCUCUGACGAGGGUUACUCAUUCAGACACCAAGAGGCACCUGCUCUCUGCGUGGCCCUGGGGACCCUGCUGUCCCCCGGCUCCAUCCACUGGGGCACCCUCCAAGGGAGUGGGCUCCAGCCUUCCCUCAAACACUCACUCCUAGCUAGCUUCCUCUCUCACUGAGAAAAUGAGUUUCCCCAAGCCCAUCUUCCCACUCGCUUGCCUCUGUGCCCACACACACCACCGCCACGUCCUGUUCCCAGACUGAGCUGGUCUGUACUGCUAGCCAGGUCCAGCCUGUCCCCCAGGGCACCAGCCCCAUGGCCUUUAGGCCAUGCAGAGACAUCACCAGGCAGUUCUUCCCCCAGUCCUCCAUCAAUGCUUCUCGCCCAUGGGCACCCAAACGUGCUGCUGCUCUCCCACCUCUGUGACUGUAUCCCCCGGGGCCACUUCUCUUCCUACUCACAGCAAGGCUCCCCAAGAACUGUGUGUCCAUGUUCUCUGCCACUCAAAGUGCUCAGCUAAAUGGUUCUCAGGAAGGCUGGAGAUUCGUGCAGCCAUAUCUCCGUCAUCUUGGGGCUUCCAGCACCCCCAGAAAGGAACUCCCUACCCACCGAUGGGCACUCCUCAUCCUGGCAUUUCUCCAGAACCUAGGCGGCCACGUACCUGCUGUCUCUCUAGCUUUACCGAUGGCAAGAGUUCACAGAAAUGGAGCCACCUGAUGUGUCUGUGGCUGAAUGGGGGCACUAUGCCAUUGGAUGUCACCCGUGGCUAAGUGAUAGUCCACAUAUGGAUGUAUCAGUGUUUGUCCACUUACCAGGCAGUGGCCGUUUGGGAUGGUCCCUCUUUUUGGCCAUUAAUGAAGGUGCAAGUGUGAACAUUCGUGUGCAAGGCUUUGUGUGCACACAGGUUCUUCAUUUU